AUGGCGCGUGUAUUAAGAUUUAUCACUGUCAGACAAAUUCACCAGACGGCUGAUCUUCAAGUUGGGGGAUUAUUUAGGGCUAGACGUCGGUUGCCUCCCAGUAACAACGAGUGGGGACCUUUAACCGAUUUACCAGACUACAUUGUCAUAGGAAAGGCUAACCCUCAAUUUACAAGCCAAGGACAAAGACGACGAGCUAUUCAGCAAUACGAAGUGUCUAACAAAAUAAUCCAAUUAGUUGGAGAAAUGAAAGAAACUCAAGAAAAGCAUUCUAGGAAUAUGGGAAUGAAGGAAAGCAAUACCAAAAUAUUAAAGCAGCAGUGUCUUCGAGAGAAAGGAAAUCGAAGUGCAUAA